CGUUUCUUGUAUAUUUUGGGGAUGUUGCUGAUUUGGUUGUGCAGGAGCAGACCCCAGAUGGCGAGUUGCUGAGAGAACGAUCCAAACCAUGCGCGCCGAGGUUGCAUUCCAGCUAUGACGAUUGCCGACCCGCCCGUAGCGUUUUUGCAGCGUAUGGA